AAAGAGGGAGAAGAAAUGACAAGUGAGAAACCAGAUCAAAGCAUACUCGCACUUGGCGAGGAAUAUGAGGAGGAGUUUGAGGACGAUGAUGAGGAUGAGGAACAUGACGAUGAUGACUUUGAGGACGAAGACGAGGAUGAGCAGGACGACGAGGACGAUGAAGACGACGAAAACUAUGAAGAGAUGACCGAGGAGCAAUUAGACGAACUAAAUAGAUUGUCAUCACAGAUUGAUGAUCCAUUCAAGAGUGGUCCAUCACUCGGCGGUAGCAAGGCUCCUCCAGCCAUCAACACUCCAGCUCAGCCCACCGGAGUGUGGGGCAACCUCUCGUCAUUCCUUCAGCAGACUACUUCCAGUGAGUCGUCGUCGUCAUCGAGUCAGACCACUGCACCAGUGAUCGCCUCAUCUACAACAUCAGCCAACAACAACACUGAUUCAAAGAAGGACAAGACUACAACGACUGGAAUUGAGGACCAAAUGGCAGGACUGGGAUUGUCACACGCCAAGAUGACAGCCAAUCACUUAAUCAUUGAUACCAACGCACUUAUUCGCUCAGAGGCGCGAUUCGAUACUUUGGCCAAGGAGCUGUGGACCGUGCCCGAGGUCUUGGACGAGGUGACCGACAAGAAGACAAAGGCCUUUAUCGAGUCGUUCCCAUUCGAGAUCAAGACACGCGAGCCUUCACCCGAGUCUAUGAAGGCCGUCGUCGCCUUUGCUCAAAAGACAGGUGACCUUGCAUCCCUUUCAUUGGUCGAUCUCAAGGUGUUGGCGCUCACUCAUAUGAUCCAUGCUGAGUGCGAGGGUCUCGAGAGCAUCAAGACUGAGCUUCAGCCAACCAAGCCAAAGUUUAUUCCAAGGCCCAAGAAGCAACAGCCACAACAACAGCAACAGCAACAGCCAAAGCAGCCACAACAGCCAAAGCAGAAGCAACAGCCACAACAAAAGAAGGACGACAAGAGUACUAAAGUGAAUGGAGGUCAUGCAGCUUGCACACACGAUCAUCCACAUCCCAUCCCAGCCACCACAUCAACCCCAACACAGACACAGACACAUACACCAACAGAGACAACAACAGAGUCCACACCAACCCAAACACAGACUACAGAGACCCCCACCACCGCUACUGCCGACGCAGCCACGACGACAACAACAUCAAAGAAGAAAGGAAAGAAGAAUAGCCAUCUGAUAGUCAACAUGGAUAAUAUAAAGGAGGAUGCGUCGAAAAUAGUAGAUCCAAGGGAGGUGUUGGAGAAGAUGAAGAAGCAGAAGGAGUUGGAGGCUGCCGAGCGUCAGAGACUGAGGGAGGCCAACGCACCCAAGGACGAGGGCGAGUGGAUCACCCCAGA